CGACACGGUAUGUGGCGCAAUUAACCUAUCUCCGGCAAUCUCUCUCUUGCAAAUUGCGUUUGCUCAGUUUCGAGGAGUUGCUGCGAUAACAGCGACGAUCAUGGAUGGCAAGCUGCCGCGCUCCUCCCGCAAGCGCCCUCGCAACGAUGAGUUUGAAGAUGAGGAAUCGACGAAACGCUCCAUGCAGCAGAAGAAAGUAAGGUUCCCGAAAGGUAAGAAAGUGAAGCCAGGGGAUGAUUCCGGCACCGUCCCCGCAGCAGUUGGUCCUGAAAGGGUUGGACCUCAAGACAACCUCGCCGACGACGCUGACGCUCGACUCGCUGCCACCGAGCGUGCGAAGCGACGUAACCAGAUCACCGCUGAACUGUUUGACGGCGAAGUCAAUGACGUCUCUGCAGCCGAGGUCACUUAUGAGGAUAAUGACAGUUUUGUUGAUGAUGGGGUUCAAAUGGAACCAUUUAAUCUUGACAGAGAGAGGGAAGAAGGUUAUUUUGAUGCUCAGGGAAAUUUUGUUGAAUAUGUCAAUGAGAAUGAUUUCAAGGAUCCAUGGCUUGAUACUGCUGAAGUUGAUACAAGAUAUGCUAAUUCCAAGGUAGCUGAAGACAAUGACGAAAGUGAAGCCCCUGAAAUGUCUUCUGAUGAGACUGGACAGAUAAAGAGGCGAAUUGCAGAUUUGCUUGAACCAGGGGAAACGGUUUUACAAGCUUUGAGAAGGUUGAAGGGAACCUCAAUUGGGAAGAAGGAGAAAAUGUCAGCUGAGACACAACUUCUAUUUGACCAGCUUACUGAAGAUGCUAACAAGCUGCUGGAUAGUGGUGAAUAUGAUGUUUACCAUGAUAAGCAGGAGAUUUUUGAGCGCGAGGCAGAAGGAUAUGAGAAGUUAGCUUCUGCUAGAGGAAAAGACACAUUGAUAAAUCGGGGACAAGCGGAUCCUUACAACACAAGGACACACAUGCUUUCUGAUGUGGGAACUGUUGGAGCAUCCUCUUCUAUAGUGUCUAGUGCUGAUGCUGGUACUUCAGGCCUUAAUGGAAACGGUGUAGAAGCCUCUGAUGAUGGAGCUGAUGCAUAUGACAUGUUUGGAGAUGAAGAUGAUAACACUACUGCUAAUACAUCUGCUUACACUGAUGCUGUCGCUACUGGCUCUGUUGCUAAUGUUACUACUACAGCAGCAGCUUGGGUUAUUAUUAUGACCCAAACACUGGGCUAUACUGCUCUGCGACAUCGGGGCUAUGGUACUCCUUCAAUGAGGAAACCAGCACCUAUGACCUAGUCAGCGAGACCGCGCCAAAUGCUUCUUGACGAAAGAGUAUUAUUAAAUGUGUACAACUAAAUGGAUCCUACUGAUGUGGAAAAAUAUGCUAGACGACCUCAAUUGUGUGAAAAUUUUGAAUUAGAUCGUGCUACUCUGAAAUUAGGCGGUGUUUUUUCGUAGUAGUCGUCCUUGGGGUUGGUUUGCUUUUGGACAUGCUUCGUUUGCUCGGCUUUUCUUCUUCGGACACGUUUGGCAUGGUUAAUAUUAGAGGAGCCUGUACAGGUAAAAAUGUAUGACGGAAAAUGGUGUGCUAUGUGAACAUGAUAUGAACUGGUCAUGUGUGCAACUGUUUGCUGUCGAGAGAAGAGAAAUAAAUAGGUUUUAGCUGAUGCUGGGUUUUGUAUCCUACCUGGUAGGUGUAGGUAAGUUUUAACUUGUGUAAGAUCAAAAUAGCUUUUCCCAUCUAUAUUGGAGUGGACAAAAGAGCUCCAGUUUUAUGUCAGAAUCAACAACGGAAGUCAACAAAAGAGACGACGAAAUACAACAAUUCUCUAAAUUUCAACUUUCUAUUAGCUAUCCACUUGAAGAAUGUGAUUCUCUUCCACCAAGAGUCUGGAUUAUUGCUUCCAAAAGUUUAAUGUCAUUAUCACGCUUCGCAAUCUCCUCCUGCUUUGCUCGCAACUCUUCCAUGUGUAGUUGAAAUACCUUUGUAGUGUUUUCAAGUUCUUUGGUGACUUCUUGUGCUCGUAAUUCAGCAGCUUUCUGUGCUACCUCAGCUUGUCGUUUCUCUGCACGUGCACGGGCUGCAGCUGAUAUGGCUGCAUCAAGUUCUCUCUCCAAAGUCUCUACCCUUUGAUCCAGAACCUUAAUCGUACGGGCUUGUUCCGAGGUGAGUGAGGCUUUGGUGUAUGUAUCUUCAUCAACGAAGACGGCCUUCUUAAGGAGUAACUUCUGGAGAGACUCCAAAUUAGAUGUCAUCUCCGUCAGAUUAACUAUAGCUCCUUGCCAUCGCUCCUCGCUCAUCGCCUUCAUAUUUUCCUUCUCCUUGUCCUCCAUUUGAAAAUUCUCCUCCUCGAAUCCGCUGAUCAGGUAGCACUCAAUUGAAGAGCCGAAAAGGCUAACUUGUGAUACUGUGAGUCUGUGACGCAGAAUCAGACACGAAAUUGCAGACAAAGAUAUUCAAAGCGAGACGAAGAUGAUAAAAAUGCUCCCAAUUCAGUCUCUUCUCCCUUUGAAGACCGAACUAUAACGAUUAACGAACAGGUCUUCU